AUGUCCAGUGUGUCCGAGGAGAGAAGAAAAAGGCAGCAGAGCAUUAAGGAAGGACUACAAUUUAUACAGUCACCACUGUCAUAUCCAGGAACACAGGAACAAUAUGCGGUAUAUUUACAUGCUCUUGUGAGAAAUCUUUUUAAUGAAGGAAAUGAUGUUUAUCGGGAAGGUGAUUGGAAUGGCUCGAUGAGCCAAUACACGGAAGCUUUGAAUAUAGCUGAUUAUGCAAAGUCUGAAGAAAUUUUAAUACCUAAAGAAAUCAUUGAGAAACUACAUAUAAAUCGGAUUGCUUGCUAUUCUAAUAUGGGUUUCCUUGAUAAAAUUAUAGAAGACUGUGAUAAAGUCCUCAGUUUAAAUGCCAGUAACUGCAAAGCUCUGUAUCGGAAAUCAAAGGCCCUAAGUAAUUUGGGAAGAUACAGAGAGGCUUAUGACGCAGUAGCCAAGUGCUCCUUAGCGGUGCCUCAGGAUGAACAUGUAAUAAAACUAACUCAAGAACUAGCUCAGAAAUUGGGAUUUAAAAUAAGAAAAGCAUAUGUUAGAACCGAGCAGUCAUUAAAAUCAGUUCCUGGGGACAGGGCUACCAAGGCUUUGAACUGUUCUGUUGAAGAUAUCGAGCCAGAUUUAUUAACGCCAAGGCAAGAAGCACUUCCUAUUGUUUCUGUACCUGCAUCUGGUUUUCCUCACCACGUUGGAAGUGAGCUGGCCUCAGUUUCAGUUUUGCCCUUAACUUCUGUUUUGCCUCUGCAAGUGGAAGAGAGCUCUCUGCCAUCAACAGUUUUGGCAAAUGGAGGAAAGAUCCCCUUUACAAUGCCGGAAGCUUAUGUAGAUGAUGGAGAUAUGGUCCUUGGAGAGGAAAUAGAUGACCUUCUUGAUUCCGCCCCUGAAACUAAUGACACUGUUAUGCCAUCAGCUUUAGUCAGAGGACCCCUUCCGACAGCCAGUGUCACCCCUAGCUUACCCUUUUCAGCGUCUCUGUUGAGCGCCUUGCCCAUUGGUGCGAGGUAUGCCCCUCCAUCCUCCUUCUCAGAAUUGUAUCCACCUUUGACCUCAUCCUUAGAAGAUUUCUGUUCUUCUUUAAGUUCAUUUUCAAUGAGUGAAUCCAAACGAGAUCUGCCCACCUCAACUUCUAGAGAGGGAACAUCGCUUAACAACAGUAAUUCUUCCCUUUUACUUAUGAAUGGACCAGGAAGUUUGUUUGCUUCUGAGAGUUUCCUGGGGAUUUCAAGUCACCCUAGAAAUGACUUUGGAAACUUUUUUGGAAGUACAAUUACAAAACCACCUUCAUCAGUGAUCCCAAGACAUCCCCUAGAAGCAACCCAUGAACUGAGACAAGCUUGUCAGAUCUGUUUUGUAAAAUCAGGCCCUAAGUUAAUGGAUUUCACUUUCCUUGCUGAUACAGACCAUAAAUGUAAGAAAGAUAUUUUAAUUGGUAGGAUAAAGAAUGUUGAAGAUAAAACAUGGAAAAAAAUACGCCCCAGACCAACAAAAACAAAUUAUGAAGGACCUUAUUAUAUAUGUAAAGAUGUUGCUGCCGAGGAGGAAUGUCGAUAUUCAGGCCACUGCACGUUUGCUUAUUGCCAAGAAGAGAUAGAUGUGUGGACGCUGGAGCGGAAAGGGGCAUUCAGUAGAGAGGCUUUCUUUGGUGGCAACGGAAAGGUCCACCUGACUGUAUUUAAACUUCUGCAGGAGCAUCUAGGAGAAUUUAUAUUCCUUUGUGAGAAAUGUUUUGAUCAUAAGCCUAGAAUGAUCAGUAAAAGAAAUAAAGAUAAUUCUACUUCUUGUUCUCACCCGGUUACAAAGCAUGAGUUUCAAGACAAUAAGUGCCUUGUCCACAUUUUGCGAGAGACAACAGUAAAAUAUUCUAAAAUACGUUCUUUUCAUGGUCAGUGUCAGCUGGAUUUAUGUCGACAUGAGGUUCGAUAUGGCUGUUUAAGGGAAGAUGAGUGCUUUUAUGCUCACAGUCUUGUAGAAUUGAAAGUCUGGAUAUUGCAGAGUGAAACAGGUAUCUCACAUGAUGCUAUUGUUCAAGAAUCUAAAAGAUAUUGGCAAAAUUUGGAAGCAAAUAUGCCUGGAGCACAGGUACCUGGCAAUCAAAUAAUGCCUGGAUUUCUUAAUAUGAAGAUAAAAUUUGUGUGUGCUCAGUGUCUGAGAAAUGGUCAAGUCACUGAACCAGAUAAAAACAGAAAAUAUUGUAGUGCAAAAGCAAGGCAUUCGUGGACCAAAGAUCGGCGUGCGAUGAGAGUGAUGUCUGUUGAACGUAAGAAGUGGAUGAACAUCCGUCCUCUCCCCACAAAGAAACAAAUGCCUUUACAGUUUGAUCUGUGCAAUCAUAUUGCUUCUGGGAAAAAGUGUCAAUAUAUUGGAAACUGCUCUUUUGCUCAUAGUCCUGAAGAACGAGAAGUGUGGACUUAUAUGAAGGAAAAUGGGAUACAAGAUAUGGAGCAGUUUUAUGAACUCUGGCUAAAGAGUCAAAAAAAUGAAAAAAGUGAUGAUGCAGCCAGUCAGUCCAACAAGGAAAAUGGCAAACAAAUUCACAUGCCGACAGAUUAUGCCGAAGUUACCGUGGACUUUCACUGCUGGAUGUGUGGGAAGAACUGUAACAGUGAGAAGCAGUGGCAAGGCCACAUCUCCUCGGAGAAGCACAAAGAGAAGGUUUUCCACACCGAAGACGACCAGUACUGCUGGCAGCACCGCUUUCCGACAGGAUAUUUUAGUGUCUGUGACAGGUAUAUGAAUGGUACCUGCACAGAAGGGAGCGGCUGUAAGUUUGCACAUGGAAACGCUGAACUUCACGAAUGGGAAGAAAGAAGAGAUGCCCUAAAGAUGAAGCUCAACAAAGCAAGGAAAGAUCACUUAAUUGCCCCAAAUGAUAAUGACUUUGGAAAAUAUAGUUUUUUGUUUAAAGAUUUAAACUAA